CCCAAUCCGGAAGACUUUUGUUGCUCUCUUGUUCGUGUGCACGGAACAAUUCUUUCAGGAACACAACAAAUGCUGCGUUUUAUAAUCUUAUUGGAGUUCUGUUCACUCUCAAGGAUCACUUAUUUUCUCAAAUAAAAGUUGCAACGCCUAAAAAUAUGGAGACUCUUCCUUGUAUAAAUAAAGGUGAUCCUCGUCUAAAGCUGAAGGUGGAGAAUAGAAUGAAAAACAUUUUUGUAACGCAAUUUGAUGAAACUAGACAAGAAGAUGAAAAUGUCAAUCACAUACCUGUUAUAACAGAGACUGCUAGCAGAGUCCUGGAGACAGGAGUGAACACAUUACAGAGAACCCUCGUCCUGAAGAAGCAGGUGGAGGUGGAUGAAGUGGAUAGGCAGCUGGCACAGAAACGACAGGAAUUCAAAGGCCGCAUGCAGGCCCUUGCACAGAGGAAGGCAGAGCUAGAGCUGAAACAGCAGGCGACUAAAGACAGAGCUAAGAAAUUUGAGAAGUUUGUUGAGGACAAUGAGGUAAAGCGCCGUCGGGCCCUGAAGAAGUACCAGGCAGCAAGGAAGCAGAACGAUCUGAAGCAGAACGAGAAAGAAGAGUUCACUGAACAGCUGGAAAAACUGCAGGCCAGGCAGCAGUAUUUAAAGGACAGGGUGACCAAGUAUAAAAUGUACGAAGACUACAUGAUGAAAAUGUUAGAUUUUCUCCCGGAGAAUUACCUGGAGUAUGGGGCAGAUUCCCUGGUGAUGCCCAUCAUUCGGCGCCAUGAUACCCUGUCCCUCACUCAUCAGGACCUGGUGGAGCGCCUGGGCCAGCUGGUGGAAGAGCUGGAGCAGGGCCAGCGCAGCCUGGACAGCCUGAAGCAGGAGCAUAACACCAACAAGCUGAUGAUGAACAGGGAGCUGUCUGAACUGCAGACCCAAUGGGACAGAGCCAAGGAGAAGAACAACCAGACUGAGAUAAAACUGAUGAUGCACCAAGGCCAGUCCAGAGACCAGGUUGAGGAAGUGGGUUGCCUGCUGAUAGCUGUGAAGAACCUUGCAGAGCAGUGCUACUUACAGCACUAUGGGCCUCUGGAAGAGAUAGACAUGCUGACGAUGAUGGAUAUGGUAAAGGAAUACAUUCUGGAGAGGGCAGACAUCGAGAUGAGAGCAACACGACUGAUAGACUCAGGCACCGUAUUGACGAGUGCCACAGAGCACAGAAGAUCACUGAAAAACAUUAACAGUAAAACACAACUGAAGAGCACCAGCAAGACCAGUGGGAGGAGUGGACUGUCUAGUUGAUCAAUGCCAAAUAGACCUUUUGCGAGUUUGUGGAGAAACACACAAAUACAACCAUGUAAGUGCACGCACGCACAUGCAUACGGACACAGUAAAGGAUGCGAGUGCAAUAGAAGUUACUUUCAACUUGUUGUUGUAGUAGUGUUAUAAUUGUAUAGUUCUUUGUGGUGAUAAGUUAAAGUUGCUGACGAAGGAAAUUGCUGUGGUUGUAGUUCCAAAGAAGUUGUACAUGCAUUUCUCAUAUAGCCUAAUAUAAGAUUGAUGAUUUAAAUUUGUUAGGAUGAAUUCAAAUAUUAAUUUGUUUGCUUGAUUUAUUUCAGAAUAUUACAAGUUCUCUUUGAUAUUAUGAAUAUAAACAGUUGAAGAUGG